AUGAAACAGCUCAUGGCAUCUUUCAACCUCACCACCUCAGACCCAUCCGUGUUCAUCCUAAUGGGCAUCCCUGGCCAGGAAUCUGCUCACAUCUGGAUUGCCAUCCCUUUCUGUAUCUCCUACAUUGUCUGCCUGUUGGGAAAUUUGGCAAUUGUGUUUCUUGUAGGCAAAGAUCAGACCCUGCACAAGCCGAUGUACCUGUUGAUCUGCAUGCUGGCGCUCACAGACGUUUGCAUAACAAACUUCUUCAUGCCAAAGGCACUGUGCAUAUUUUGGUUCAAUUGGAAGGGUAUCACGAUGAGUGGCUGCCUAACUCAGAUGUUCUUCCUUCACACGCUUGCUUUUACGCAGUCAGCUAUCUUUGUGACGAUGGCCUUUGAUCGCUACAUUGCCAUAUGUGACCCUCUGAGAUACACCAUCAUCCUCACCAAUGCACGAAUAGCUAAGCUGGGCCUGGUGGGCUUGUUGAGGUCAGCUCUCAUAAUGUUGCCUCUGCCCAUGUUACUGAGUAGGCAGCCAUUCUGUGCCAACCGCACGAUCGCCCACACGUACUGUGAGCACAUGGCUGUGGCAAAGCUGUCCUGUGGGGAUAUUACAGUCAGUGGGACAUACAGCUUGGUGAUAACAGUACUAGUAGUUGGGUUAGACCGGAUUCUCAUUGUUGUCUCCUUUGGUCUUAUCAUUAAGGCUAUUCACAGAAUCUCCUCAAAGAAACCCUCUUGGAAAGCCCUCAACACCUGCACUUCCCACAUCUGUGUGAUGCUUGCCAGUUACAUUCCCGGCUUCUUCACCAGCUUGACACACCGGUUCGGUCAGGGUAUCUCUCCCCAUAUUCACGUCAUCUUGGCCAGUCUCUAUCUCCUUGUCCCCCCCAUGCUCAACCCCAUCAUUUAUGGGGUCAUAAAUAAAGAGCUGCAUGGGAAAGUGGGCAAACACAUCCACAGAAAGUAA